CCUUCACAAAUUAAUCCGAAAUUGCUUGAAAAAUUAUACAAGUUUCUCUUCAUUCUCUCAGGAAUCAGGAAUCAAGUUACACAUCGACAACUGAUGAUAACUCAAAAUUAUCAAGAUCUACCAAAAACGCUGAUUAUAUCGUGACCAAAGUCCAACUUGUCGAAUUAUUUCGUGAACGUUACUAGUCGUGGCAGUUGAUGUUCAAACGGGAACAUCGGUGACGAAUUAAGAGGAAAAGCGCUGAGUCAAUCGACGCAAGUCGUUUCCUAAAGGAUAGUGAUCUCGAAUUUCGUCAGCAAAGAAAAACUAAAGACACGCUAACUGAGAUGGCAACUCAGAAUCUUAAAGAUGACACCGCCGCUGCUACUUCAGCUGGCAAACUCUUCACGCGGGAAGAAGUGGAAAAGCAUGCUGAAACUUCCAGAGAUACAUGGAUCAUUAUUCAUAAUAAUGUCUACAACGUCACUUCGUUUCUCAAUGAGCAUCCUGGUGGUGAGGAGGUACUUCUGGAACAAAACGGACAAGAUGCUACAGAAGCUUUUGAAGAUAUUGGACAUUCAACUGAUGCUAGGCAAAUGAUGGAAUCGUAUAAAAUUGGAGAGUUGGUAGAAACAGAAAGAACGGAAGAUUCUGGAAAGAAAACGAGGGACUGGUCUAAUGGAAAUGAAGACAGCUCUAGUUCGUGGUGGUCCUGGUUGAUUCCAAUCGCUCUUGGGGUGCUUGCCACCAUCGUCUAUCGCAACUUUAUCAGCGCAUAUUAAGACAUUCCGAGCCUUUUUUUCAUGUUAUUUACUUGUUAACAACUAUAUAUAUGUAUACAUAUGUAUUGAUAAACAAUUGUUGUACAAUUUUUCCGAAUGUAUGUCGCGUAUUGUUGUUUUCUAUGAACCAAAUAAUGCAUUUUCUGGCCUAGGAUAUCUUUACAAGAGAAAGGAAGAUAGAGAGGAAACGGCCGAUAAUGUGUACUAUAUAAUGAUAUACAAUAACAAAUAACGCGCAUUUAUAUAUUUAUAUGUAUACAUUUGUACACAUAGUAUAUAUAUGCAUAUGUACAUGUAGCGUUCAUACGCGACGUUCUCCAAAUUGACGAAAUAAAUUAAUUUAAUUCCUUAGAAAACAGGAUUCCCACGGAAUAAAGAAGUAAACCCGGUCCUUAAAUCCUAAAAACGAGAAAAAGACUACUACAAGAAGACCAUAACUGAUAGAAGUAAUUCGAUCAUCGAUCAAAACAUAUGAAACGAGUGAUCAUAUUUGCUAAUAUUAUUUGUAUAUUAUAGCAGAUUAAUCAAGAAGACUGCAUCGACUGCAUCACUGAUGAAGAGAUAAAAUAGCUGCAUUGAAAAUAUUUUCUAUAAUGAGUAUAAUAAAUUUGUAAUCACAUUUA